GCACCACCAAUCCCGCGGCAGCACCCGCACCUCACCUUCGCAGCCCCGUAAUGCCUCGAACUCUAAAACCGCAUGCGAUACCUCGAACGAAACAUUACAAAGACCACCUGCCAAACUGCGAAACGUGUGGGAAGAAGCCGGGGCGGAAAUCUGUUCAACUUGGGUGUAGCAAUUGCCGAAAAUUACUUUGCAUAAAUUGCCGUACUCAGCCUGUGAGCUCCAAGGAUAACGCUCUACGACAAGGUGCCCCACCCUCAGCUGCUACGCAACCCGCGCGAGCGGCUGAGAAUUUCUCCCCGCGCGAAGACGGCGGGGCCAGAGUCCUUCGACAAGUUGGCGAAAGGGUACGCAGAGCUAUCUCAGAUGCGGAAGUGGACAGUCCGGUGCUCGCUAUUACUGACGAACAACUGCACGAGAUGAGACGCUCAGGGCAGAAGCUCCCAGCUCGCGUCAGCUGGGUGCUUGUUCCAACAAGACCUGGGCGGAAGAUUGACGAUACUUUCGAAGUGUUCCAAUCCCAAUGCAAGAGAUGGGACACCACUAUUGAGUAUCAACAAUACACUCAGUCAUCAGGAAAUAGCAAAGAAGAGGACGAUCUCACUGGUUUCAUGCUAUUGGAAGACUUCUUCGCCCGGGUGACUGAGCGAGGACAGCAUACCGAGCUGCAGCGCAUUGAAGCCGAGGGGAAGGAUCCGGUAAACGUUCUAAGUCUAUCUGCCGAGAUUACUGGUUCAGCUUUCCGUGAGCCGGAAGCCAUCACGACGCUCCGAUACCGCCUCUUAUCCGUUCUUUCGAAGCGGUCCAUCGGCCACAGCACGGAGACCGGUGUCGGUAAACUAAGCGUCCAACCGGUCCGAUUGGUGGAUCAGGAAGCGUGUCUCAAAUUCCUCCUGUACGGAGAGAGGGGAUCAUUUGCUGGGUAUCCACAUGGAUGUGCUCAACGGAACUUGGGUCCAGUGCAAGACCGGGCCGAAAUUGUGGCUGGUUUAUUGUGGUCCAUGGGAUGA